CUGCUCGAUAUGCCCACCAGAGGAAUGCAGGUCCUCUACGAUGGAUUCAGCUAAACGUACUCCUGUUGAGGAUGUUACAACAUCUAGAACAAGGGACAAUACACAUUAUCAAUCAACAAACCCUGAUCCCGGUGUUGGUGGAUUACUUUGCCAGGAAUGUGCCCCAGAUAAUCCAAACAGACCUCCAGACUGCCCACAAUAUCCCCCUGAGGUAUGCAGAUUAACAACAAUCCAUUCAACUACUCGAGCGCCAAUCUCUACCACGAAGAGGGUAGUCCUUCCUAAUGCUGUUGAUGGACACAAUGCAGCUGGUAGUGUGGUGGCCGAACUUUUGCCCUUUCUGUCUCUGUUUUGUAUCAUUUUAUCUCAUUAUAUAGAUUUUUGAAUGUAUGA